GCAGUUUACUUCGUAGUGGCCUGCGGCUUUUUGGGUUGUGCCCAUGGGAUGCGGCCGAUGCUGACUGUAGAGUGACUGCACAAUAGCUACGGGGAGGGACUGUGAGUCCGAUUUGUACAGUGUGUGUAUAGCUAGGGAACGGACGGCAACAAAGGUGAUCUUUGCAUCCCCCGCGUAAGAGAGUGAGUGACAUGCAAAGCAAAGCCUGCCGGCAAAAGUGACCCUGACACACACCGAUCGACCAGCAGAUACCACACCCCCAUCGCCAGCAGCAACCAACCCACAGAAGUGGCAACCAACACCCCCAUACCCACCAGCAAAGCCGCAUCAGUGUCGCUUCAGCCGCCUCUUCUGCGCCGAGUGUCUAUGCCCCAGCAGCAGUUGUAUCUGAGUCGCCGUCGGGUCGGGCAUCAUCUCAUCGUAAUGCGAGUGCUCCUCACUCCCCCGGCUGCCCCGGCUCUGAGCCACGCUAUGCCACUCGUGCAUGGCAAUGCUCUGCCGACGCCUCUGCUGCGGAUAACCCACCCCCACUGUCACAGCACCAGGUGGCAGCGGCGGUCUCGCGGGCGGCAUAACGUAGUGGGGGUGGGGAAAAGGCUGGUGGGGAUAAGGGUAAGGGUGGCCACUGGUAGUACUAGGCGGAUAGACAUUAUCCGGCCUCCCCCUCCCCCCACCGCCCCCGAUGCUGCUCGAUGAAGAUGGCAGGUUCAGGGGUGGCACCAGAGGCCUGGCCCUCUCUGAUGGGCCGAGGUGAGGGGUCCGCAGGACAACCGGCCGCAGCUGGGGCGACAAAUCAGCGUUGUCCAGGAUGACCGAGCCCAUCUUGCUGAUCUCCCCCAGGAGCCGCUUCCGCCCCUCUGAGAAGGAAGGGGAAGCGGCGGUCGCGCGAAUGACCAGAGGGGAGCCGCCGGCCAGGCCCUCUCCUUCCUCUGCCUCUCCGAAGAUGGGUGUGGGCUGCGGGUGGGGGGAUGUGGGUGGAGACGAGAAGGAGCUUCUUGCAGCGUCAUCAGCAGCAGCGUCGGAAUCGGCAUCCGGUGGUGGUAGUGAUGGUAAUGGUCCUCCUCUAGAGCUUGACGCAAGAGAGCUUCUCCUGCUGCGUGUGGAGUAGUGCAUCGAGCUCCUGGGCGUGAAAUGCGCGGGAGUCAGGCACGACAGGCAGCUGCUCUGCCGCUGCGCAUCCCGCGGCCGCAGGCUCUUCGGAGAAAGAACAGCCGAGGGCCGCGCCGAACCCGCCGCACCCAUGCUGUCGACGUCCUCUCCCCCUGGCUCUUGUUCGUCUCCUUCCCUUUCGGACAAGCUGCCUGUAGAUGACCGCCUCCUCUGGUAGCCCAUCAUCAGAUCCGAUGCGCGUCGGUUCUCAAAUUGGUGGUCUUUGGCUAAGGGGGAUGGGGCGCGGAAUGUGGGGAAGGCACUUGCUCGUCGCUGCUGCUCGGCGGUGGGUGUGGGUGGCGCGCUCACUUCGAUUUGGUUUGUCGGCUGCCGGCUGAUGACACAGCUGACUGGGAAUGUGCGCGUGUUGAGACCGAAGGAGACGUCAGACGCGUCGAGACACUCAACCAAGGCCAGGUGCACCUGACAAAAAAAAGCCGUGUCUCUCUCUCUUUAUGACCUGUCUCUCUCGCCUAAUCUACCUUGUGCAGACACCAUCUGAAGAAGAGGUCCUCGUGGCCACAGAUGUAGAAGACCACCUCGUACCGAUAAAAGUACUCCUCAAUCUCCAUCAGCCACACACCAGCGCACUCCGCCACCUCCUGCACGGACUCGACAGCCACUCGGCAUGAUGUGGGGAUGCGUCGCAGCUGGGAGAGGGGCGUAGACAGGGCCACACGCAGAUCAACCUGAAUCCGGCGCUUCCGGCAGUCGGUGAAGCUCUGGAUGCCGCAACGCCACACCUCUGAGUUUGGGACGAUGAGCAAUUGCCCUGCAGGAUGGGGAACAGUGGUCAAGAGGGAUUUUUGCCUCUGUGUCUCUGUGUGUAUGUGUGGUGUCCUGUCCAGGGGACCUUCAUUGAUCAGACGCACACGUGUGCUGCGGAUGCCGAUGUGCUCCACGAUGCCGCACUGUGCCUGCGGCCUGCCCCCGCCCGACUCAUUGUUGAUGUUGAUGGCUAUCUUAUCGCCCACGGCAAACCACCGGUCACCCACCACACUCAGUGUCGCAAAGAUGUCUCCUAUCACGUUCUGGCUCGCAAUGCCCACUGUCAGGCCUGUGAGACCGAGACCGCCAAGCAAGUACGAGAUAUUGAAGCCCUGCGAUACACGCCCACUUAGAAUGGCAGAAAGCAAUGGAGGACAUUCAUUGUGUUGGUACCGACCAGGCGGACAAGGGCGAACAGGCCAAAUAGAAGCCACAGGAAGAACCGAAGAAAGACCCCAACAAAUUGAAAUCCCGGCGACUCCUUCCUGUUGCUUUCAGAGUCUGUGUUGUCCUCCCCCUGUGAAAUGCCGGAGCCCCUCCCCAUGCCCGCCUCCUGCAGCUGCUCCAUGAUCUCAUUGGCAGCCCUGCUCAACGGAGACACCAACUGAUACCCUGCGGCGUACACAGAAACGUGGCAAAGGGCCGUGAGGUAGUUGCAGACGUGGCCAUAUACCUAUGAGAAUCGACAGCACAGCAGCGAGCUGUGACGCCAGUUGCGGCUCUCGGACGACCAGCAGCGAUGGCAGCAGCAGACACACCACAUACUCGAAAACCGACAGCUUUUCCACCCGUUUGGCUGUGGAAGGUCUGCUCACUCCACUCAUCCAUUUGGCCUGCAGAUACUCUCUCGCCGGCACUGACUUGACAUCACCAAGGGCUUCCCCAGCCCGUGACCGGCGCAUCAUUGUUGUGGACAGGGCGCCCCUGCGCCCCGAGGAAAAAGAGGGGGGCAGAAGGGCCCACGGAAAAAACACCCCAAACACACGGGCAAAAGCCGCGUCUUGGCUUUUGCCGAGCUGCUGCCCCAACACACACAGCAACCGCCGACAUCUGAAGCACCCACACACAAUGGGAUGGAGCCUUUUGGCGCGGAGUGACUGUUUGCAUAUGUUUGGUUGCUCACUGUUGCCAGAGUUUCACGCAGAAGAAGACACUGAUGACGUACACGAUGAAGUCGAUGUGGGAGUGGGAGGCGAGGCUGUUGAGGCCACGGAUGAGGUGCUGGAGCGGCAUCUUCUAGCCUAAGCAGGUGAGUCACGAGCGAUUCGGCGUAUGCCGACACGGUGAUCUGAAGAUUCUGAGUGAAUCCACAGCAGCUGCAUCGAUGCUUGCGCGAAGGGGUUCGCUGAACUCGGCUUACG